UUACUAGUCUCACAACUGAACAUCGAAUGGAGACUCCAUAUUGAGAUCUAGUUUGAGAUAGACCAGCAUAGGUUUUGAAAAAAACUACAUCUAGAUCUACACUUAUGACCACAAAAAUGAGCUAUAUAGCAUCAGUACUAGUAGUGGUUUGUAUUACAUCUGGAGUAUCUGCUACACCAGCUACUGAUAGCCUGUUGGAAAAGCUAAAAGAUAAGUCUUACCCUUGGUUUGGGGAAAACCAAACAGAGUGUACAGGAAAUAACACCAACCUCAAAGUGAAUUGUUUUAAUGUCAGGCGCGAACACUUGGAGUCCAUACUAGAACGAGCUGGUAUAUCUAGUGAAAUCACUCUGACCAAGGUAUUGAACGUAACCUUCAAAGCCGAGAAAGAGGGUGUUGAUGUAUGUGGCAAGACAACUCUGUUGGCAGAAGUCCCACCCUUUCAACUUGACCCAGAAGGACGUCCACUCAAACAAACAACAGAAGCUUAUCGCAAUCAGCCAGAGGUCGAUUGGGAUGCUGAUGCUGACAAAAUUUAUUCCUUGGUUCUCUUCGAUGUCGGAAUGCUGAAAGUCCGUGGAUGGUGGUAUAAUGUAGUAAAAGAAAGCAAUGGAGAUAUACAAGGCAAGAUCUACGGCAUGUAUCAGCCACCAGCUAAUCCUUCUGCCAACAAGAAUCCAAUCCUCAUCAUCCUGUUUGAGCAAAAGACAAGACUGAAAACCAUGGACGAAGAAAUGUAUCAAAUUUGCAUCAAAGUGAAUCCUACCAGAGAGGCAGCCGAUAACUGUCGAACUAAGUUCAAAGAGUGGACUAAUAAUCUAACCAUCGUCGGUUUACAAGUGUAUUAUACUGAGGGCUACACACUCUAUCAGCAGUACAGGGCCUGCAUCGAGAGCUACACUUGCAGCGAAGAAUGUAUUGAUAAAUUCAAACAAUAUGUCAACACUACCGAAGAUAAACAAGGGAACGUCAAAUUUCAGAAUUUCGAUAAAGUCAACUUAGAUCACUAUGUCAACGUCAACUUCUAUACUACCAGACAAUACACAGAAUCGGAACUUUACGACUUCACUGAGCACAAUUCAAUGAGUGAGGAAUGGUACGUGGACUGGAGAGCGAGGCCUGGGGACAAUAUGCAAGUUAAGUACAGCGACACACGCGUCAAUGCCUUCAAAGGAAUAAUUAAGGUUCAUUUCGAAAUUGGAGCCCCACUUCAAAUGUAUACUAAAGAGUUUGUCGAGAACCCUCAAUCCUAUUACACGCUCCUGAUUGUAGAUCAAGACGUACCAGGAAUAAUUAAGAACCCGUUGUGUUACUACUAUAAGACUAACAUUCAGUUUCCAAAUAUUGAAGGCUCGGUGAACGAAUCUCUAAGUUUUAUAGACUUUGCUCCAUUAAACAGCUCUCAUCAGUAUCACAUCCUGUUGUUUAGUAGAAACAAUACAAGUAAUGAAAAUCUCCUAUUUAAAUAUAACGAGGUCUGGCACAUAAACUCAACUAAGUUAGAUGCCUACACCUUGCGAGCCGUGUCAUGGCUGAGUGUAAGCAAUGACGACCAAAUCACUUGCCCUGAACUGGGGAGAGGUGGCUGCUUAUGGCCUCAGCCUUUAACUUCAGCCUAUUUGAAGAAAUCUAUAGUCGUGCAGGCAGUGACUAAUGUGACAUUCACUUCCUCGACUUCUUCUCCACCGACUUCCUGGAUACAGACUUCUGAAUCUUUGCCUACAGCUCCAGAGACUGUAAUACCGAAACCCACUGUUUUUAUUGCUCCGAAGACUCCAGGACGCGGAUGCCCUGCCAAUAGAGCAGAUCAUGAACUGUGAACAAAAAAAUUAGAUAAACUCCGAGUGAGCGUGUCCGUAUUCAGAUAGGCGUGUCUUAUUUGUCCACAAUAUAUGUCAAUACUAAUAUAUUCUGAGUUCAUCUAUGCCAGAACGCAAAAUGUCAUUUUAACCUUUAUAGGUGAGAAUAAAAAAAAAUUGACACCACCAA